AUGGCUGAGAACAAUACGAGAUGGCUGGAAGCAGCAUCGUAUUAUCAAAAUGUACCGAAUUCAGAAGUGAAUUGGGCACAGCUUGCACAGAAAUGGAUGCAGAUGAGAGAUUCGGGCAAUCUGCCGCCAGGCUCAUCCGGAGAACCAGUUCCACCGCCAAGCACUGAACCCCCGAAUUUCUCACAAACGACUGGUGCACUUCCGGUAAAUGGGUCUUUUUUGCCUCCUGGUGGGUAUUUGCCUCCUGUGCCAGUUGAUGGAAAUUAUAUGGGCGCACCGCCGGGAUGGUUGCCGCCUCUGCCAAACAGUUUUGGUCCGCCGAGUGGACCGUUUCCUCCGUUCCUACCACCUCCCCCACCAUGGAUGGGUGCAUCUCCUGCACCCCCUGGCAGCUUCCCACUUGACCCGGCUUCAAGCGGUGCUGCAAGAGUGGAUGGUGCUGAAGGCGAGGAUGAGGAAGAAGGAGGAGAGUAUUCACAUUACUACAAAGAGUGGGAAGAGAAACAGAGAAGAGGCCAUCGUGAAGUUGAUGCGGAAGAUUCUGAAAUAAUUCCAGAAGGCGCGAUGGCUCAUUGGCUUGCACCAGGUCCUCCAGGAUGGGCUCCACCGCCUAACUGGGGUCGCCAUUCUCAUCGUCAUUCUCCCUCGGCUAAUAAUUUCAUUGAUCAUCAAACGCGAAAAGCAUUGCCGGCUUGGAUCCGAGAAGGCUUGGAAAAGGCUGAGCAAGAAAAGCAAAAAAGGCUGAUAAGAGAAGCAAAAAUGAAAGCUGCCGAAGAGGCUGCAAAAGCACGGCGUGCCGCCAAGGGAUUAGGAAAAUUUGAUUCGGACAGCAGCGAGGAUGAAAACGAAAAUGGAAGAGGCAGUGGAAAAUUUGAUGGUGAGCCAAUAUUUAGACAAAAGAGAAAUGAGGAGAAGGAGCAGGAAAGUAAUGUCGUCGAAGAAACGGAGGAGGUGGACUAUCGUACAGAAGACGAGAAAAGAGAGGAUGCUGUAAGUUUUAUUUGUUAA